AGUAAAACACGGUUCAGUGGCGGUUGGCCUCAAAGUUUCACUUAAGUUUCAGGCCCAUUUGUUAGCUUUGCUCCUUUUUAGGUUUAGCUGUGAAUUCGACAUCGAGCAGAAAUGCUGUCAUGGAUUCCCUUAAUGUAGACGAGGUGAAAGAGCUUUCUUGGGUCCAGUGUGAGAACGAAGCUUGUCUGAAAUGGAGAAGGAUCAGCAGAGAGGAGGUCCACAAGCUGGGAGAAGAGUCUUGGUUUUGUCAUAUGAAUGCAGAUACUGCACACAACAAAUGUCAGGAACCUGAGGAGAACCAUAGGAGGACCAUACACACAGCCAACAAGUGUGGCUACUGGUACAUCUUCAGUCAACUACCUCAGGGGUCUUUGGUCUGGGCCAAGAUGCCGGGACAUGUUCGAUGGCCAGCCAUCUUGUCUCCAGACCCUUCUGACGGAAGGUACGUGAUGGUCAAUGAUGAGACGGGGACUCCAUCACAGUAUCAUGUGGAGUGGCUUGGACAGCCUCACUCACAUUACUGGGUGCACAGCAACAGUAUUGACAUCUAUGGCAGCUCCUCUUAUCCUCCACCACAUAGGAAAUCUAAACGUAAGAAGUCUGUCUUUUCGGCUUCAGCCUACUUUCAUCUCAAGAGUGACCAUUACAUCAAGAGCCUGCAGGCAUCCAUCCAGGAAGCAGACUCCUUGAGGUCAUUGACCUGUGAGGAGAGGCUGGCCAAAUGUGUCUUUGUUUACAAACCACAGCCCGAGAAAGAUAUUAAACUGGAAAAGAGGUCCGUUGUUGGUACCCAGCUGGACAGUGCAGGGAAAAAGAAGAGAGGUAGACCAGUGAAAACCAAGGAAAAGAUACGUCUUCCUGUCUCCGAUAGCAAGACACAGUCUAUCACAAAAUCAAAGAAGAAGGUGUCAUUCAGCAGCCAGCCUCAUCAGCUGCAUUCUAUCCAUCAUGGCGAGCUAUCCUCCUCGGAAGAUGACUCCCCAGCCCAACAGGUGCCGAUGCUCAUCACUUCCAAGGAAGAGCGGCUUCAGGCUGAUAUUCAGCUACUGAGAAGAGCCGAGGAGAAAUUUGAACGGCGUCUCGCCAAGUUUGCCUCCCGUCAUGGAAUCCCACUGAAGAGUAGGGGGCCCCAAUGGCAGGGUCGUCAGGUCAGCAGAUACCAGGUGUACAUGGCCGUACAGGAACGAGGCGGCUACAACAUGGUGAGUGCCAACCGUGCCUGGGCCAAAGUUUAUCACGAAGCCUGUGGUACAAGUCCAGGACCACACCAGUCUGUCAGCUGUGCAGUCAAGACAUUCUACACAAGAAACCUGUUGCCUUAUGAACUGUACGAGCUGCGUUCUUCAGGCAGCUUUGCUGAUAAAGCUGCAUCGUGUGAGACACAGCACAAGAAGCAACCCAGAAAGCACAAGAAGAAACACCUGAAAGAAAAUAUACCUCACACGUUCACAUCAGCCACUGCAAACAUUGUACCCACUGCAGCCAAAUGGCAGGCUAAUUACCAUAAGUACACCAGUCAACCAAUCCAAGGGCAGGGCAACAACUUUCAGCCAAUGGGAGAGCUUGGGAACAUCUGCCUUCCAGAGAUUGGAAAAACACCUGUAAGGUUUGAGCCAAUGGAUGACAUGGGCAAUUUCCGUCUACCAAUUAGAGGGCAGACUCGUGUUUCUAGUCAUCCAAUAGGAGUCCAGGAAAGUUCAGAGGGUGGUCAUAUUGGAUCACAUUCACAGGGAGAACAGUGCUUCAAGGCUGCACAAGGAAAUACAGACGAUGGAGUUCAAGCAGAUCUGGAUCUGCUGCAGGAGGAAUCGACCCAAGCCUUGCAGGAGCUGCAGGCGAUGCAGAACAUGCUGACAAACAUCCAGCAGCAAGGUGAAAGUACCGCAGUCAACGAUAGGGACUGCAUCAAGACACUGGAUAGACCAACCCACAUAGAGGCUGAGCCGUAUACAAGUCCACUUUCAAGAAGAAAGCCCGUUCUCCUGGAGUUCUAUUCCAUGCAAUAUGGAGAUGAAGCAGAGUGUUCGGUACCGGACCAGCAAACGACUAUGGUGAACACAUUUGUUUUACACUUUUACAAGCAGAUCAAAUAUGGUCUUUUUUUUAAACUUUUUCUUUGUAAUAAGCAGAAGAGAGUGAAUGAUGACACACACCUUGUUCCAGACAUCACACAUCCAGCGACCACAGGUAACACCUUGCCCUCUGCCUGUCCAGCAAGGCCUGCUGAUGACGAGGGAGCUUUGUGUCCAGAUGUCUGCAGUAAUAUCCUCAUUGAUAUGGAUGCCAUGGGGGAGGAGAUUGACCGACUCAAUGAUGAGCUGUGUCAGGAUUUGAUGGAGAUCUAAGAUCACCAAGAUGUCAUCCUCCUUGAUAUGGAUGCCAUGGGGGAGGAGAUUGACCGACUCAAUGAUGAGCUGUGUAAGGAUUUGAUGGAGAUCUAAGAUUCACCAUUCACCAAGAUGUCAUCCUCCUUGAUAUGGAUACCAUGGGGGAGGAGAUUGACCGACUCAAUGAUGAGCUGUGUCAGGAUUUGAUGGAGAUCUAAGAUCACCAAGAUGUAUACAGGAACAUCCUCCUUGAUAUGGAUGCCAUGGGAGAGGAGAUUGACCGACUCAAUGAUGAGCUGUGUCAGGAUUUGAUGGAGAUCUAAGAUCACCAAGAUGUAUACAGGAACAUCCUCAUUGAUAUGGAUGCCAUGGAGGACAGGAUUGACCAACUCGAUGACAAGACUCGUUAGGAUCUGAUGGAGAUGUAAGAUCACCAAGAUGUCUACAGGAACAUCCUCAUUGAUAUGGAUGCCAUGGGAGAGGAGAUUGACCGACUCAAUGAUGAGCUGUGUCAGGAUUUGAUGGAGAUCUAAGAUCACCAAGAUGUAUACAGGAACAUCCUCAUUGAUAUGGAUGCCAUGGAGGACAGGAUUGACCAACUCGAUGACAAGACUCGUUAGGAUCUGAUGGAGAUGUAAGAUCACCAAGAUGUCUACAGGAACAUCCUCAUUGAUAUGGAUGCCAUGGAGGACGGGAUUGACCAACUCGAUGACAAGACUCGUUAGGAUUUGAUGGAGAUCUAAGAUCACCAAGAUGUUUACAUGAACAUCCUCAUUGAUAUGGAUGCCAUGGGGGAGGAGAUUGACCGACUCAAUGAUGAGCUGUGUCAGGAUUUGAUGGAGAUCUAAGAUCACCAAGAUGUCUACAGGAACAUCCUCAUUGAUAUGGAUGCCAUGGGAGAGGAGAUUGACCGACUCAAUGAUGAGCUGUGUAAGGAUUUGAUGGAGAUCUAAGAUCUAAUCAGUAGAUAAACUACUAUCUAGUAAAAUAUAAGUAUCGUUAUUCUCCAAGUACCAGAAUGUCAUGAUCACCAACGCAAAUAUCUGUGUGGUAAAUUGAUCUGAGCCUUGAUUUAAUAUCCAGAUGUGACUGAACCCUAUAGCCGUUAAUGCAGACAUAAUUCUAGAUCCCAAAAUUCUCUUUUUAAAGGUCAAAAUAUAUAUGCGACAUGUUUAACAUUGAAAACUGUAACGGUUGGUUUAAUUUCAAGAUGUUAUUGCCUGGGAAAAAGCAUUUAAGUAAAAUGGUCCAAGUUUUUUUUUUUUGUAUAAGUAACUUACUGAAAUCAUUUAAAUGUACACAAACAAUGUACAUAAAACCAGAUUUAUAAAAUCUAAUCAGAUAUUUAUUUUUAGUUUUCUCAGUUAGACCUCAGAAAUAAAAAUGAGAAAUAUGAAACUGAAAUGUUGCACAUCAUUACAACAUUGCUGUUAUUGUUAAACAGUCUCAACUUUGAAGUGUUGGUGAGUUUUUAGUUUGCAUUAAAGAUGUAGUACUCCUAUGGAUACUACAGGAACGACAUGCAUCAUGUGCAUUUA